GAAGACGACAGGAAGUGGCAGGAGGAUGACGAUGGCGCGGCGCCGUUUCCCGAUGACUUCUCGGGCGAACAGACUUCCUCUUAACGCCUUCAACUUCGCUCCCUGCGAUGAUGCAGAGUCACACUCCUCUUCCCCCGUGCGCCCGGCGGCCAUCUCUCAACACUCUGCACUCCUCAGAUCACCAGCUCUGUGUUCCUCGCCCCCUUUUUCUUCUUUGGUUUUUUUUGUUUUUGUUUUUUUCUUCUUCGCCGCAGCAUGAGCGCCGAGUGCAGCAGUUACCACAACACAGACGGCGUGUUUGUGGAGGCUUUCUCCUGCCCCAAGCCCGGCAGCGCCGCCUUCGCGGUUUACUGCUGCGGCUUUAAUGACGUGAAGUACUGCUGCGAUGAUCCCAACAGCUUCUUCCCCUACGAGUAUGGAUACAUGUGGUGGCUGAGUAUCGGUGCUCUUGUAGGUCUAUCAAUCGCAGCCGUGGUGCUCCUCGCCUUCCUCAUCACCGUCUGCGUCCUCUGCUACCUUUUCAUAGCCACCAAACCCAAUCGCCUUGACAACGGCCUGCCCCUCAGAGCACCAGCCGGAGACCCCAGCGAGGGACCCAACCAAGGGAGGGCGGCCGGUGGUUCCGGUCCGCAGGGGUUCCGAAAACACAUGAUGAACAGGAAAGUGGACUCUGACAACGAGCCGUCGGACCCGGAGCGGCUUUUCCAGCGCUGUUUCACCGCCACGGUCACGAGCGUGAAAGUCGAAAGCCCCACAUAGGCCUCCGAAAAACUUGCCUUUGAGAACAAAAAAAGAAGAAAAAAAAAAAAAAGAAAAAAAAAAAGAAGCCGUCGGUACAUCAUGGCUCGGGAAGGCAGGCGGACCUGGACACAGUCAGAGCUGCCAGCGAGCCGCUCUGAGCGGGAGGACCACGACGUUAGUCGACAUCAUGUGCCACACGUUGUAGUCAUGGUGGCAGAGUCGAACAAAUUGUUGGGUUUUUUUCAAUUAUUGGAGUAAAAAGGUAAGGAAAGAAGCACUCCUGAAAGUGCUUGUCUCGGUGACUGAAACUUUGCUCAGCUUUAAGUGGAAAUGGUUGAUCUUUCCUCCUCAGAAGUGAUUGCAGACUUUAUGCAUGGCUCUGUGAGAGCCGGAUGAUAAGACGGCGGCGGAGGGACUGUGGAGACACACAGAAAUGAAAACAGGAUGUGAGUUUUCAGCGUUAAGUCAGACCCUCGUGACACUUGGCGCUGCCGAUUUGAGGCAGCGUCAUCUCAGGAAUGCAAGCGCUGGAGUGAGCUGCUGGUUUCUUCACAUGCUCACUGUGUCGUGUCUUUGCAUUUGAGUGGCAGACGCCCAUUUUCUACCCAUCAACGCGACCAUGACGAGAGGACGAGCGAGAUCGUCGGGGCUCGUCUGAGUCCGUCAGUCUGGGCCGUCAGCUUCUUUUAUCAGUGAUCAAAAAUGUUUUUCUAGGGCAGAAGACAAAAGCCUCCUUGAACAUGUCUAAUGACAUUAAUAGGUUUUGUGUGAUGUUAACAGUUUACGACAGCUUGUAUUUCAGUUCUAAUCACGAGGCGAUGAUGUAAGAGGUCAGCCGACAGCACUGUGAACGAGCAAAUGAUUGUGAGACUUGAAUAAAGCGAACAACAACCUCAGAGCUCCGGCUGAACUGGUGCUGUGCUUUGAGAGUCUUUCACCUGAAUGUGGGGAAAAGAUAUCUGAUCUAAUAUCUGACCGUAGAUAUUAGAAAGCAGGUAAAGUAAGUACUGAACACGUUAGUGUUGUGCAAUUAAAAAAACGAUAAGUGAGAAAACGAGCCCGACUGUCGAGACAUGGGAGGCCUCUACAAGCAUUCGGCUUCCCGAAGAGGGUGAAUCUUCAUCAGUGCAGACUGAACGUGUGCAUAUUGUGUCAUGGUUUUAACUUAACCUGGUUAAGUUGCUCUUUUUGCAAAGCAUUGC